AUGGGCUGCUCGAAGAUCCUCGGCGUCGCCGCGCUCGCGGGCGCGUGUGUGCUGCUGGCGCUGGUGGCGUUCUGCGUGCCCGAGUUCAAGGCGAUCUACUUCCUGCGCAUCGACCUCACCGGCGCGGCGGUGUCGACGGCGACGACGAGCCAGACGACGCCGUACGUGGACCUCGGCGUGCUCGGCUACUGCACCGACCUCCAGAACGGCAUGGGGCUGCAGUGCUCGCCCGCGAAGAUCGGGUAUUCGCUAUCUGAGGCGUCCAAGUACAUCAACGGCACGCUCCCCUCCGUGCUCUCCUCCUCCGUCACCGUCGCGACCACCGCGCUCACCAAGGCGCUCGUGCUGCACCUCGUCGCGCUCGCCGUCGCGCUCGGCGCGCUCGCGUGCGGCGUGCUCGCGCUGCUCGGCGUCCCGCUCCUCGCGGAGUGCUGCGCGAACUGCUUCGCCGGCUUCGCGGGCGCGACCGGCCUCGUCGUCUUCGCGUUCGACCUCGCGUUCUUUGCGCUCGUCAAGAAGCGCGUCGAGGACGUCAGCGGCGCGAGGAGCGCCGUCAUGGGCAGUGCCGUGUGGCUCACGCUUGUGGCCAUGAUCCUCCUCUUUGUGACCCCGAUUAUGUUCUUGGUGGGCCGCUGCUGUGCGUGUGCGGGCCGCGUGGGCAAGGGCGUGUAUAAGCCGAUUGGGAAGUAG